UGCCACCAUUUACAUUCUACAACUUGAUCAAAUUGCUCAUGCACAACCCUAGCUAGCUAGUAGCCCAAGCUAAUACAACACUUACACUCGUUGUUUUUCCUGUCCAUAUCUGAGUUGCUGAAGCCAUGGUUCGAGUCUCAAUUCUUGUAACAUGUGUCAUGUCUCUAAUGUUUGUGGUCUUGACAGACCAUGCUCAAGGUUUAGGUGUCAACUGGGGAGCAAUGGCAUCACACCCUUUGGAUCCCAGCAAUGUAGUAAAAAUGCUCAAGGACAAUGGGAUCAAGAGAGUAAAGCUUUUCGACGCAGAACCUGCCACCAUGAAGGCCUUGUCCGGGUCAGGUAUUUCGGUCAUUGUUGGAAUUCCCAACGAAAAAUUGGCCUCAAUUUCUUCGGCUUACAAACAUGCCCAAGAGUGGGUGAAAGAAAAUAUCACCAAAUAUGAUCAUAAUGGGGGCGUUGAUAUCAGCUAUGUGGCUGUUGGAAACGAGCCAUUCUUAACAAGUUACAAUGGGAGUUUUCUCAAGACUACUUUUCCAGCAUUGCAAAACAUUCAAAAGGCCCUAGAUGAAGCUGGCAGUAGACAGAAAAUCAAAGCCAUAGUGCCCUUCAACGCUGAUGUUUAUGAAUCUGCUUCGGGCAAACCAUCAGAUGGUCAGUUCCGAAAAGACAUCAAAAGUGAGAUGCUCAAGAUACUAGGUUUGCUCAAGAGCAAUAAGUCUCCGUUUUUCGUUAACAUAUAUCCCUUCCUUAGUCUCCAGCAAAGCUCUGAUUUCCCCAAAGAAUUUGCCUUCUUUGAUGGUACUAGCAAACCUGUUCAAGACAACAACUACCAAUAUACCAAUGUGUUUGAUGCAAAUCAUGACACACUUAUUUGGUCACUCAAGAAGGUUGGCUACCAGGACUUGGUCAUAGUUAUUGGAGAAGCAGGAUGGCCUACAGAUGGUGACAAGAAUGCCAAUAAAAUUUUGGCCAAGAAAUUCUAUGAUGGACUUCUCAAGAAAUUAACAAAGGCGGACGGAACCCCUCUUCGAAAAGGGUACUUGGAAGUGUACCUUUUUGGGCUCACUGACGAGGACAAAAAAAGUAUUGCCCCAGGGGACUUUGAGCGCCACUGGGGCAUCUUAGGCUAUGAUGGAAAACCCAAGUUCCCAAUGGACCUCACCGGGAAAGGGAACAAUAACAUGCUCAAGGCGGUACAAGGAGUGCAGUACAUGGACAAGCAAUGGUGUGUCUUGAACGGCGAUGUUCGAAAUGAGACUCUGUUAAAAAACGAACUCAGUUACGCUUGUUCUCAGACGGAUUGCACAUCUUUGGGAAGUGGAAGGUCAUGCGAUUUGGAUUUGCCGGGGAAAGUCUCCUAUGCUUUCAAUUCUUUCUUCCAAAGCAGAGACCAAGACGUUCGGACCUGCAAUUUUGAUGGCAAGGGAACGAUUACAAAAAACGAUCCUUCUAAAGGAACUUGCGUAUUCAAUAUACAGAUUUACAGUGCGGCAGUGAGGCAUCAAGUGACUUAUGCAUUGAGUAUCUUUGCAGGACUAGUCUUGAUGACUUCCUUACAUUAAUGUAAACUAAGCAAGAUAAUUUAUAUACAUAAUCGAUUGUAAUGUACUCGUUGAGAUCAGAGUAAUUCACAUUUUGUUAUCAUUUCUUCUA